AGCUGGUGUGACUCAUGUCUUGGUGAGAUGCAUUGACUCACAGGAGCCAAGAGAGAAAUAUGAAGAAGACAAUGAAAUAAGAAGAAACAGGAAGAUGAAGCAGCACCAGCCAGUGUUGGUGGUGGUGGUGAUGGUGAUGACCUGUGGGUGUCACUCUCAGCUGGUGGUCAACGUUAACACACAGAGUGGAGAAGUGUUCAAAGAAACAAUUACUGCCAAUAUUUCUGAUGAUUCUGUCACUUUAGAGUUUCCUCAGAAUGAUGGGACUUACAUCACACAGCUCAUUGACUUCAAACAAGAAUUACAGAUCUUUAAGGUGAUUGUCUUGGGUGAGGAGGAGCUGGGUCAGAGUCAGUACCAGGUCAUGUGCUUCAUAUUGAGGUUCUUCAAGAGUAACUUCAUCUCGUCUGAUGCCAUGUCAAAACUCAGGCAGAAAAACCCUGGCACUGUGCGAACCCCAGAAGAGGAUAGAGGAAUAGAGGAAGUUGAACUGGAUAUAAGUGUUGAUGUUGCAAGAUCAAACAUUCUCUCCCCACACAUCCCACAUAUGUGUGCCCUCGCCCCCAGUUCUACGUAUGCUUCUGAUCGUGAUAUCAAACUAUGGGCUACUCAGAGAAGAGAACUUGAUGGUGAUUGGUCUUUGGUUAGUGAUGUAACACACCAUCUACCUACAAGAGGAGUAGCUCGCUGUGGAGAUGGGGGCCGAGAUCUUUCCAAUCCUUGUGCUUGCCAUUAUCAGGUGUGCAUUGCUUGGUAUCCCUGUGGCCUCAAGUACUGUAAGGGGAGAGACAACUCGGGCAAGGCUGUGUCGUACCGCUGUGGUAUUCGCACCUGCCGCAAAUGUCGAAACUUUAACUAUUUUGUACCACAACGACAACUGUGCCUUUGGGAUGACUGAAUUUAAUCCAGAAUUUCACCAAUGCUCUCAAAUUUGUAGCUGUUAAAGUAUGAACUGUGCUGGAUGGUGCUGUCAAACAGUUAUUAAUGGUAAUGUAAUAAGAAAAGGGACAGCUAGUAAUACAUUAUAAGAAUUUCAUACAUAUUAGCUUUAAUGUGCCAUGUUUGAUAAUACUCUUUUAUUGUAUUUUUUGUCUAGAUAGCUUUAUUUUUAUUACAGAAGUGAAUAUGUUUUAAUAUAAAUACAGUAGCAUACUUUUAAUGAAUUAAUUUUAUCUCUAUUUGUAUAUGCUUUGAGGCCAGGCAACUUUAUCAGUAAUCUUAGUUUCCCAAUUACCUCUAGUUUUUGGUGGAUGUAGGUAAAGAUAUGUUGAAGUCACUCCACUUGAAGUAUCUUGUAUGGGGAGUAAUCCUUGUAACCUGAAACCAUGUCUAUUCUCCUAUGAGUGAAUAUUUGUUUACUUCUUGGAGUUCUUGUGGCACAUCCUCCUCCUCCUUGUCUAGCUGGCGUAUGGUUAAGAGAGCCACUUGGAUGAAGGAUGUUUGCUUAAAAUCGAGGUUCAAUUCUGAAAUCCUCUCAUCCAGCAUGGACCACAGACCAGGUGUCACAGUUACCCUUCCUUGUGUAUUUUUCUUUAUUGGAUUUGAAAAUGGAUUGACCAUAAAAUAAAAAAUGACAAACAGUACAGUAUUCUCAGUGCCAGUUUUGCUUCAUGGGGGAAACUGUUACACAUCUGUUACAUCAGUUGUGGAAAAUUGGUAGGAUAGGGAAAGGCGAUUAAUACUGUAUAGCCAAAAGGAGUUAACAAAUCAGCCCUGGCUAGCAUUAUGGGGAAUGGUAGGCAGACCCAGUUCCUCUAGUAAGCAGCAUAUAUUAUGGGAGUUGUCUAGCAAUGGGCUCCAGUAGAAAAUAUGAAUUCAGGAUAAAAAUAUCAUUUACUUUGUAAACAGUUUCUGCCAUCCUAUAUUUACAGGUGUAGAUAGAUUUUGUCCUGUUUCUUUUUAAUUUUUUUAAAUGACAAUAAAUUAAUCGUCAGUUCUUCAGUUCUGGAUCAAUUAAUAUGAAGCUUGAUUGGUUUGUGUCUUGAUCCAAUACUCCUAUAAUCUAUUUUAUAAGUAUUUAAUGGGGUCAGAGAUCAAACAACCCAGGAAUGUUUAUUUUUAACUUCUGUUUAUUUAUUUUUGGACUGGUCAAAAUGAAGAUUAGCACAACUUUAUCCAACUCUACAUUAGUCCCAACUUUUGGUCAUCUUAUAGAGGUCGAAGUUAAGAACUAAAAAAGGCCUGAUUUCGGGGUUUUGGUCCAUUACUUUGUCAUAAUUCAACCAAAGAUGAUCGGUACAAAGAUAGGUUGGUUCAGACCUUAAGCAGUGUUAUAGGGUUUUGGAGUUUCACCCUUAAGAUUAGCCACUAUAACACUGACCUGACCUGACCUAACCCUCCUCAGGUAACAUUAGGAUGGUUAUCAACAGAUGAAAUAAACAUAGGUGUCUAAUCUUCAUGUGAUAAUGAGUUUAUAAUUUUGAUUGUUUCACAAAAGUCACUUUACCAAAAUUGCACAAAGAAUAGACAAAGAAACUACUGUGCUGCCCCCAAACAGAAGUACAGUACAGUGUUUAUCUAUUUAAUUUUAUUUUUUAUCUAUUUUUUUACAUUGGUCGUAGGUCACAAAGAAGUCAUGUGGGACUGAAUUAGGUAGGUAUAAUAGAUUAACUUGCAUGUGUUGGCCUCAGUAUUCUAGCUUAUUUUUUCCAUCACAUAUUACAGAUCCUAUUAUUAUUGAAAUUUGUAUUACAGUACUAUAGAGUAGUUACUUAAUAGCCAUGUUGAUUUGCAGCUCAACAUUUUGCUCUUUGCUGGAGAUGUGUAACAGAGAUCUCAUACACUUUUAUGAGUGCAGAAAGGCUAACAACACUGGUGGUAAAAUGAUUGAAGUGUAAUUAUUAGGUGGAUAUGACAAUAGGUGUAAAUAGCCCAGGAAUUACAAGCAGUUUGACAUUUCUAGCACCAAUAAGGAUAUGGAAGAUUUUACACUUGGUUUUGUUUUUUAUCCACAUAUGUAUCAAAAGUGUGUACAGCUCACAUGUUGUGUUGCAUAGAGAAAAUAAUAAUGUUUUACUCUGAUGCAGAUUGUCUUAGAAUAUCCAUGUAAAUGAGUAGUCUGAAGUAAUGUCUCCUGUUUGUAAGUACAGGAUAGUUGCUCAGAAAUGUAUGAAAGUGCUUUUGUACAAAUUUGUCUAAAAAAAAAUCACAAAGAAAAUGAUUUUCUUACUGGGCUUUAAAUUUGUAAUAAAAUAAAGCUACAAUAGUA